CCGUUAAUUUUUGGUGGCGGGCCAUGAGAUUUUUCCAAAAUAAAAUGGUAAUGGUUGGGAACCUCUGCUUUAAAAAUACGCCUCAUUACACAAGGAGUGGCAGUUGCGCACGACUGAUUUUGAAUGAGCAGCAUGUAGCCCACCCUGCUGACCAAUAGACUGUACUGCUCUAAAUUUAGGCCCCUUUUCACCGAUGAGCGACAUAGCAAUGACAACACACUGACACCCACAGACCCAGCCACCCACUCAUUCAGUUGUUCUGUGAGGUUGAGCCACAGACCCCCCCCUGACCUUUCCCCUGGUCCCCGUGGAGUGAGCGUGCCCGCUUGGCUGACACUGUCCAGCUUUUUUUCUGCAGUUCCAGAGAAUUCCCCCACACCAGCAGGGUUCUUCAGGGCAGGGGCAGCCAUGUCGCUUUUCUCCACCAUGACGACCGGGGAGAGGAAAGCUCAGGCUGCAGCAGUCUGCAGGGAGAUUCAAGCACUGGAAGACGUGGAGGUGGACCUUGGCAAGAAAGUGAGCGUUCCCCAGGACAUCAUGGUAGAGGAGCUGGCCCUGGCAUCCAAUCGGGGCUCGCAGCUCUUCAAGAGACGGCAGAAACGCUCUGAAAAGUACACCUUUGAAAAUGUCCAAGAUGACAUCAACUCGCAUCUCAACAGAAAGACGGACUCGCGAGCUGAUAACGUCAAUUCCACUGAAGAGCGCAACUCUGCUGAGGAAGAAUCGGGUGCGGACCGGCCCUGCGCACCAGAAACCGUAACAGUGCCAGAUCCGCACAGCAUCGCCCCUGGCUACGAGGGUCCCCUGAAAGACAUCCCACCGGAGAAGUUCAACAGAACGGCUAUCCCCAAGUCCUACCACUCGCCCUGGCACCUAGCCCUUGUCAGGGAACCAGCCCUGGUUGACACACUCGUCUCCUGCCUGUCCCAACUGGAACCAUCAGCGGACCUGCCAGGCUACAAAAGCUUCAAUAGAGUGGCCAUCCCGUUCGGCGGCUUCGCCGAGGCGCCCGCGCUCGCGGCCGACCAGAACUUGAAGGCGGAGCUCGCCCUGCCCGACUUCCCCGAGCUCAGAGGUCGCCCCUGCUUCAACAGGGCCGCUCGGGGGUGGCAUGAUAGGGGUGCUUCGGUCCCCCUACACGCCGUGAUCCCGCAGGCCGCGCUCGCCCCCGAGUCAGAUGACCUUUGACGCGGUUCGAAACACACGCUAAAUUUCAAUGAUGAUUUCAUUUUUCACAUCUUCUCUCUUGAAUCAACUUUUCAAAAAGCCCCUUUCUGAAGAAUUUUGAGUGACAAAAUAUGGAUGGCUAAAAAAAUGUUUCCUCGGUUUUGAUGUUUAAUUGAUUCAACACAAUGUCUUGGCCCUGUAUUGCUAGACAAGAAGAUUUUGAAGAUUGACCCCUUACAAGAAAUGUCUGGUUUAGUGAUAUGUGAAGCGACUUACUUGAGGAGAAUUCCAAGUCAAGGAAAAUGUACUGCUCCAAUCAGAGUGAGAUAAAACACCCUGUUAGUUAGUCACAAAUAAGCUUACAUAGAUAUUAAAUGUAUAAUACUAUGAUGAGAUGUUUUUGCUCAAUAAAAUUGCGUGGAAAACAUGA